AUGUCACUCCCCAUUCCCCUCCUCAUAAACGGUGAAUCCGUCACAACGCCCAAAACAUUCCCCAUUAUCAGUCCAUACACCAACACCAAGAUCUGGGAAUCCUCCUCCGCAAGCCCCGACGAUGCCCUCCGCGCCGUCGAAGCAGCCAACGCUGCAUUCCCCUCCUGGUCCGCCACAAAGCCUACCGUCCGCCGCGACAUCCUCCUCAAAGCAGCCGAUCUCCUCGAAGCCCGCCUCGACACAAAUGCAAGCUACAUGCGCCAGGAGAUGGGCGCAGACGUCGGCGCCAGCGCGGGCUUUGUCGUACCGCUCGCGAUCCGCAUGCUCCGUGACAUUGCAGGCCGCAUCACCUCCAUCUGCGGAAGCGUGCCGGUCGUCGAGACAGAAGGCCAAUCGGCCAUCGUCUACAAGGAAGCCAUGGGUGUGAUUCUGGGAAUUGUGCCCUGGAAUGCUCCUUAUGUCUUUGGGAUCCGCUCGGCGGCUUGUGCGCUCGCGGCUGGCAAUACUACUAUUUUGAAAUCAUCGGAGCUUACGCCUCGCUGCUAUUGGGCUAUUGGACAGGCAUUCCAGGACGCUGGGUUGCCGGAUGGUUGUUUGAAUGUUAUUCAUUGUGCGGCGGAGGAUGCCCCGGCCGUUGUAAAUGCUAUGAUUGAGCACGAGGCUGUGAGGAAGGUGAACUUUACAGGGAGUACAGCUGUUGGGCGGAAGAUUGCGCGCACCUGUGGUGCGAAUCUGAAACCUUGUCUUAUGGAGCUGGGAGGCAAGAACAGCUCUAUUGUCUGCGAGGACGCAGAUUUGGGCGUCGCGGUCCAGGGUGUUUUGGCCGGUGCAUUCCUAAAUUCUGGUCAAAUCUGUAUGGCGACUGAUCGCAUUCUGGUGCACGCUUCGAUCGCGGACGCCUUUACCGCAGCACUGCAAGGUGCGCUGGGUGGCGCCCAAGCCUCAGACCCUCCUACGCUUGUGAAUGUUGCCUCCAAGGCUCGGGUCGAGGCACUCAUUUCCGGUGCUGUGGGCGCGGGCGCACACUUUAUCUCUGGCUCCGAUAGCAAUGGAGCCAGCGAGGGCGUGCGCUUGGCGCCUGCUGUGCUCGGUGGCGUGAGGGAGGAUAUGGCGGUGUGGCAGGAGGAAUCGUUUGCGUCAGUUGCGGCUGUCAUGCCGUUUGACAGCGAAGAAGAGGCGAUUCGACUCGCGAACAGCAGUGGAUAUGGACUCUCGGCAUCAGUGUUCACGGAGGAUUUAAGGAAGGGGUUGAGAAUGGCGAAACGCAUUCAGUCUGGGGCCGUUCACAUUAAUAGUAUGACGAUCCAUGAUGAGCCUGCUCUGCCCCAUGGUGGAGUGAAGAACAGUGGCUGGGGCCGUUUCAACACCGAUGAGGGACUGAACGAAUUCCUGGUGAGCAAAAGUGUGACCUGGAUGGACUAG